CAGAGAAUGCAAUAUAUAACUUCUUUGCUCCUCAGCUGCCUGUGUCUCCUCCUGACAGUAGCACUUUACGACCCUCUGCUUUCUGUUCUGUGUCUGUAAGGGAACAAAGACAAGCAGCCAACAUGACUGAACACAAAAGAAUGUCCAUGAGUCGGAAACACAGCUUGAAGAGCUUAAUGCUUCAGGUUGCAAAAGACUUAUUAGAAGCUGAAGCUGAAAUGAAAGUGCAAGAGAGGAAGCGAUACAUGGAAGAGCAUUGUCCUCCUCUUUGUUUACCCAGCAGAAAAGAGGAGUUAAUGGCACUGUGCACUGAGCUACAUGAAAAGAUUAUUGUUAUUGAUGAAGAACGGUACAAUCUGGAACGUAAAGCUAACAUGGUCGUGGAUGAAGUGAAAGAUUUGAAUAUUAAAGUUGUAGACCUCAAGGGUAAGUUCAAGAAACCUCCUCUGAAGAAAGUGCGUAUGUCAGCUGAUGCCAUGCUCCAGGCUCUGCUCGGCUCUAAACACAAGGUGAACCUGGACCUGAGGGCCAACUUGAAACAAGUGAAGAAGGAGGUCAAGGAGGAGGAUAAGGAACUCCGUGAUGUUGGUGACUGGCGUAAGAGCAUUGAGGAUAAAGCUGGCAUGGGUGGAAGGAAAAAGAUGUUUGAGACUGAGUCUUGAAUGCACUGACCAGACCUUUGUCUUUCACUGACAUUAUUAAACUAACUCCCACUUUGCCUGUAGUAAUGAUACAACUGACUCUAUAUUUACACUGUUCACAGGGUUUCCUGUCUUAUGAAAGUUUUUUUUUUAAGCAAGUGUCUGUUUCCAUCUUUAUCCAGCAUUGUGUUUUCACGACAAGGUCUGUGUAAAUGCGUGCGAAGAUAACAUGUUUACCAAAUAAAUUCACAACGUUGAUACAAGAUUGUCACUUCUGAAUUAUUUUAAUGAAGGAUGAUUACAUUCACAAUUAUAUAAAAUGUUUCUGCUGUCUGGUCAAGAGUUUCUUUAGGAGGGAACGUAAGUAAUUUCUGACUAAGCAUGUCUGUUACUUAGAAUAUAUACACUACCAGUCAAAAGUUU